AUGGACACCUUUCCCCCCUCACCCUGUCCUGGACCUGGCCGAGAACCCGCCCGCCGACCAAAGCUCAGGAAGGAGGAGACCAGAGAGAGAACAAAAGUCAAACCCUCAGGCUCACUUCUCACGCUGCCACACAACCUGCAGGACCCCCGCUCGUGCUCGGAGCUGCGCUGUGCGUUCCAGCAGAGCCUGGUGUACUGGCAGCACCCCUCCCUGCCCUGGCUCUCCCUGUUCCCCCGCAUCAACGCUGAGAGGAGCUUCACCGGGAAGUGCACCCCGUGGGCCCAGGACCGCGCCCUGCAGCAGAGUCUCAUGAGCGAAUGGUCCGUGAGUCUGUCGUCCCUCUACAGUCUGCUGAAGACCAAGCUGUGUCCGUACUUCUACCUCUGCUCAUAUCAGUUCUCAGUGUUGUUCAGGGCAGCAGGAGUGGGGGGGUCCGGCAGCAUCACGGCCCUCAUCUCUCCCACAACCCGGGGUCUCAGAGAGUCCAUGAAGGCUGAAGGUAUAGAGUUCAGUCUCCCCCUGGUGGAGGACAGGAGAAAGAGCAGGGAGCAGCAGAAGCACCCGGGCAAGGAGGAGGAGGAGGGGGCGGAGCAGGAGUGUUCUGAGCUGAAAGAGGCCGAGGAGCGCCACGGAGAGAAGGACGAAGACAACGACGAUGAAGACGGCAGCUUCUCCUGGCUGAAGGAGAUUGGGGUCCAGGACAAAAUCAAGAAGCCCGACAGCAACACCAUCCAACUGCAAAAGGAGGGUCAAACCGUGUCUCUGGACCACAAGCCCGAGUCGGUGGUGUGUGUGGAGGGAACACACACCUUCACCCUCAUCAACUUCCUCAUCAACUGCAAGAGUCUGGUGGCUGCGGCGGGCCCCCAGGCCGGGUUACCCCCCACGCUUCUAGCCCCGAACGCUUUCAGAGGAGCCACCAUGCACACACUGAAGGAGCAGUGGAACAUCUCAGGGAAGUCGCUCAAAGAUUACCAAAAGCCAUACGAGAAAGGGGAGUGCAGAGUGAACGGGCCAAGGGGUCGGACCCCCGAGACCACCAGAGGCUGCAGCUCUAGCAGUGAAGGCAGUGUUCGCUUCUUCUUCUUCCUAAAGUGA